AUUCGAUCUGGAUUGUUAGUCGAUUCCGUGGUCUUUCUUAUUGGGACUUUCGCACUCGCAUUAAAAAUUGGCUUCGCUAUUGGAAAGUGGUUUUGCAGCUGGAAAUGAGCCGCGAAUCGCAAAUAAUUUCGCCCGUUUAAGUGGUUCGGUGGUGGUGAAAGCAAUAAAUUUUCGUUACUCGGUGGUUAUGUUUUAUCUCGGCGGGAGUGUGCAGAUUUUCUUUUUAUUCGCUGGAGUCUUACGUGAAAAAAGGGAACCUGUGGUAUAAUUAAAGUGUGGGAUUUGCUGAAGCGAGGAGGUGGCCGAUGGGCGGAGGACCAAAGUGGGGGUGAAAUGUUCUAGAGUGUGGUGCUACGCGCGUUGGAUAAACACGAACCAGAUUUGUUAUUCUUUUGUGCUCGCUACUAAUCGAAUGCCUACUCACGGCAAUAAGGAGAAACGCGGAAAGCCGAAUCGUAGUAGAAUGUUUUAAACGGUAGAGUGAUCGAAAUCGAACGAAACGCACAAACAUCAUGAGUUACAUGGCAGAGGAGAAGAUCAAGCUGGCCGGCGAGGAUUCCAAGGACCGGCUGUACGAGGCCAAGCAGAACCAGAAAGCCAUCCGGAUUCUGACGGUGGCCGCCUAUGUCCUGUGCGUCUCGCUGGUAGCCAUAAUGCUUUCCCUGUACUACAUCUUCCUGUGGGACCCGAGCACAAAUCAAUUAAACGCUAAGACGCAGACAGUUGACAAUAUCGUUAUACCGGACAACCUGGCGAUCCAGCUAGCGAACAGAAGUGAAGUACCGGCGGAGCUUUUCUACACUAAUCUGUACCGACAUCUGAUCCACAGUAAAACGAUGAAGGCUCGCAAAUCGGCCGCCAUCUGGGAAUCGUCCAAUCUGACCCGGUUGAUUCAGCUAUACCAGCAGCAAAAGGAUGGCGACCAAGGCAUGGAGCCGCUGGUGGACGUCUCGUCUUCGUCAGCCGAAGGAACACAAUCGACGGGACAGCCAUCAUCGGCGCCGGCCGACGUCAUGAUGGCCGACGAAGACGACGGUGGCGACGAUUACGAGCAAAGCGGAAACUACGGCCUGUACUCGAACCACACGACGAUACAGCUGGAUCAGGAUGAUGCGCUGCAGCAGUGAUUUGACGACAGAUAGCUCCAAAGGAUACUAUUUUUCUAUGACAAUUACGUUAGUCACACAAUACUCACGAUGCGAUUUUUGCAGCAAGAGUCACCACCACACAAUCAAACAUUCGGCGAAAUUUCAGCUUAUUUAACAGUACACACGUUCACACUCACACUCAUGAAUAGAAAUGUUGACAUUUAUAUCCUAAUUUUGUUGACGGAUUCAAACAAAAACCGGCACUGGUACUCUUUACAAAAUUGGUAAAAAGUUACACACUGAAUAAAAAAAAAUGUGGCCUAAAUUGGGAAAGCUAACCCUCGAAAACAUUUCCAAACAUUUAAUUGCUUUAAUUAAGAUUAGCUCCCCGUUUUAUCGAUCGACAAUGAAGAGGAAAAAACGAACGGAAGUAUUACUUAUACAGUGUUAUACAUUUAACCUUACUCAAACAUGCACGAAAAGUCCAUUUCCCACAUUAACUCUUCGAUUCUCUCCAGUGCGACAAACAUCCCAAUUUCGUGCAAAAGGUGUUAGUUGAAUAUAACAGAAAAUGUAACCACGCGUUAAACUCUAUAUUUACUCGAAGCACUCUUUGCCAAGAAAGGUGAAACAGUUUUAAACCAUUUCAAGGUUCAAUAACAAUUUAGUAGAAAGCUAGAAUACAAUAAAACAGAUGGAAAUGAUGGAAUCGUUUGACAGCUGGACAGUUCUGUUAAGUUUAAGGAACUAAGAAGAGAAAUAAUAAAGG